UACACCGGUUAACGUUAGCACCGUGUGAACGCGGGUGCCGGAGAAAAGCCCUGCUAGCGCGAACCGGUGCGUCUCACAUUAAAAGCAAGAGGACAGUUCCCAUUUACCGUGGCAAAGUUAGGAAAAUCUUCAACGACUCGUACACGGGAUUACAUUAGGCACCUGAUAACGGACGACAUAUAUAUCUGGAUCGAAGAGGAAAUUCGAUUUAAAAAAAAUGUCCGAAAGCGUAAACUGCGUAGAACAGCGGGAAGAACAGACUGAACUUGAAGAAGGCGGAGGAGCGGAGAAGUCUGACUCUUCAGAUGCUGGAAAAGAGUCCUCCUCAGAUGCUGGUCCCGAUGGACAAGAUGCAUCCUCCUCCUCGUCAUCCAAAACUAAAGAUUCCGCCCCAGGUUAUGAGGAGAAAGUGCAAACAGACCGGACCAACAGAUUUGAGUACCUGUUGAAGCAAACAGAGCUGUUUGCUCAUUUCAUCCAACCAGCCGCACAGAAGACCCCCACCUCCCCCCUGAAGAUGAAACCAGGACGUCCUCGCAUCAAGAAAGACGAGAAACAAAACCUGCUGUCCGCCGGAGACAACCGCCAUCGCCGCACCGAGCAAGAGGAGGAUGAAGAGCUUCUAAACGAGAGCACCAAGACUACUAAUGUCUGCGCUCGCUUUGAUGAAUCUCCCUCCUAUGUCAAAACAGGAAAAAUGAGGGACUAUCAGAUCCGUGGUCUGAACUGGCUCAUCUCUUUGUAUGAAAAUGGCAUCAACGGCAUCCUCGCCGAUGAGAUGGGUCUGGGUAAGACUCUCCAGACUAUUGCCCUGCUGGGUUAUAUGAAGCACUACAGAAACAUCCCUGGUCCCCACAUGGUGCUGGUGCCCAAGUCCACCCUGUACAACUGGAUGAAUGAGUUCAAGCGAUGGGUGCCCUCUCUUCGUGCAGUCUGCCUGAUCGGAGACAGAGACGAGAGGACCGCCCUGAUCAGAGACGUGCUGCUGCCAGGAGAGUGGGACGUGUGCGUCACAUCCUACGAGAUGCUCAUCAUUGAAAAGGCUGUGUUCAAGAAAUUCAACUGGAGAUACCUGGUUAUUGAUGAGGCCCACAGGAUCAAGAAUGAGAAAUCCAAGCUGUCAGAAAUUGUGCGAGAAUUCAAGACCACCAAUCGCUUACUGCUGACUGGAACACCCCUGCAAAACAACCUCCAUGAGCUGUGGGCUCUGCUGAACUUCCUGCUGCCUGACGUCUUUAACUCGGCAGAGGACUUUGACUCCUGGUUUGACACAAACAACUGCUUGGGUGAUCAGAAGUUGGUCGAACGUCUUCACACUGUUUUGCGUCCCUUCUUGCUUCGUCGUAUAAAAGCUGAUGUGGAGAAGACUCUGCUCCCAAAAAAAGAGAUCAAGAUGUAUGUGGGACUGAGCAAGAUGCAGCGAGAGUGGUACACAAAGAUUCUGAUGAAGGACAUUGACAUUCUGAACUCAGCGGGAAAGAUGGACAAGAUGCGCCUGCUGAACGUUCUCAUGCAGCUGAGGAAAUGCUGCAACCAUCCGUACCUGUUCGACGGAGCCGAGCCCGGCCCUCCCUACACAACUGACCUCCACCUGGUGGUGAACAGUGGCAAGAUGGCAGUGCUGGACAAGCUGCUACCCAAGAUGAAGGAGCAGGGCUCCCGCGUGCUCAUCUUCAGUCAGAUGACCAGGAUGCUGGACAUCUUGGAGGACUACUGCAUGUGGAGGAACUACGGAUACUGCCGCCUGGAUGGUCAGACGCCGCAUGAGGAAAGACAGAUCUCUAUCAAUGCAUACAAUGAGCCCAACAGCUCUAAGUUCAUCUUCAUGUUGAGCACCAGAGCCGGUGGGCUGGGUAUCAACCUGGCUACAGCUGAUGUUGUCAUCCUCUAUGACUCAGACUGGAACCCUCAAGUCGACCUGCAGGCCAUGGACCGGGCUCACAGGAUUGGUCAGCAGAAGCAGGUACGCGUGUUUCGUUUCAUCACCGAAAACACAGUGGAGGAGAGGAUCGUAGAGAGGGCCGAGAUGAAACUGCGUCUGGACUCCAUUGUCAUCCAGCAAGGAAGACUUGUGGAUCCAAGCGCCAACAAGCUAGGCAAGGAUGAGAUGCUGUCCAUCAUCCGCCACGGUGCCACACACGUGUUUGCUUCCAAAGAGAGUGAGAUCACUGAUGAUGACAUUGAUGCGAUCCUGGAGAGAGGCGAAAGGAAGACGAUGGAGAUGAAGGAGAAGCUGUCUUCUCUGGGUGAGAGCUCUCUGAGAAACUUCACCAUGGACACUGAGAACAGCAGUGUGUACACAUUUGAAGGAGAGGACUACAGAGAGAAGAAAAAGGUCAUUACCAACUGGAUCGAGCCACCCAAGAGGGAAAGGAAAGCCAAUUACGCUGUGGACGCCUACUUCAGAGAAGCCCUGCGAGUCAGUGAGCCCAAAGCACCCAAGGCUCCUCGUCCUCCUAAGCAGCCAAAUGUCCAGGACUUCCAGUUCUUCCCUCCACGUCUCUUUGAGCUUCUAGAAAAGGAAAUUCUGUUCUAUAGGAAGACCAUAGGCUACAAGGUUCCCCGUAAUCCGGACAUGCCAAACUCAGCUCAGAUGCAGAAAGAGGAGCAGGCUAAGAUUGAUGAGGCCGAGGCUCUGACAGAGGAGGAACUGGAAGAGAAGGAGAACCUGCUGCAACAGGGAUUUACUAUUUGGAACAAACGUGACUUCAACCAGUUCAUCAAAGCCAACGAGAAGUGGGGAAGAGAUGAUAUAGAGAACAUUGCCAGAGAAGUGGAGGGAAAAACUCCUGAAGAAGUCAUGGAAUAUUCUGCUGUGUUCUGGGAGCGCUGCAAUGAGCUGCAGGAUAUCGAGAAGAUCAUGGCCCAGAUAGAGAGAGGAGAGGCCAGGAUUCAGAGAAGGAUUAGCAUCAAGAAAGCACUUGACUCAAAGAUUGGUCGCUACAAGGCUCCCUUCCAUCAGCUCCGUAUCUCCUACGGCACCAACAAAGGCAAGAACUACACAGAGGAAGAGGACCGCUUCCUUAUCUGUAUGCUCCACAAGCUGGGCUUUGACAAGGAGAGCGUGUAUGACGAGCUGCGUCAGUGCAUCCGUAACUCGCCUCAGUUCCGCUUCGACUGGUUCCUCAAAUCCAGGACUGCCAUGGAGCUCCAGAGGCGAUGUAACACCCUGAUUACGCUGAUAGAGAGAGAGAACAUGGAGCUGGAGGAGAGGGAGAAGGCGGAGAAAAAGAAACGAGGCCCAAAGACUGGCUCAGCUCAGAAACGAAAGUCAGAGGGAACCCCAGAUGGUCGUGGACGCAGGAAAAAGCUGAAGUUGUGAAGCUGUUCACAACGCACAGUAUCAGAAUUCGAGAGUGGCAGCCAGCUCGGGUACUGUUAGUUCUAGUGUCUGUGUUUGUUUUGCAGGCCGUGAUAAUGUAUUGUGUAAAACUCCCUGAUGGACUGAUCUGGUUGUAUUAGGUUUUAGGAAGUGCUCUAUUACAAGCCUCCCUUGUUGUCACUGACCUAAACACUGCAGCUGUGCUGGUUUAGUUUUUUGUUUGCUAGUCCUUUUUUUACUAGUACUUAAUUGAAUAAAUGUAUUUAUGCCUGUUGGUUGUACUACAUUCCAUUGCUUGAAAUAAUAUGUACCUUUUUUCUUUUUCUUUUUUUUUUUAAAGAAAACAUUUUUUCUUUUAUCUUCCUCUGUGAAAUAGAAAAUGUCUUUUUU